AUGGCGCAUCCCCAACCUCAACCAUCCGAACGGCCGUCGACCGCAGGUGGAUCGGUGCUCCUCCGUCCCUCGGCUCGUCCGAUCACCCGUCGCGUCGUCUCGGACCGCGACCAUCCUCAGAGCACCCAGUCGCUGCCCUCUACGGGCACCAUGACCCCCAAUCUCUGGAACGCCGUGCGUCAGCGGGUUCGCGUCGCAUCCGCACUCAAGAGCGAGACCAAGAUGGCUCAGCGUCGCUCGCGUGCCUUUGAGGACGCGCGCAGGUUCGAUGACGAGGGCAUCUCCUCCGACACCAUCCGCGGCGACGUCGGUCACCUCCUCGCUCCGGGACAGUACGCUGAACAGUGGCAGUCGCUCGCCCACCUCUUUGACGCGGCCGACGACACCGAUGAGGCCCCACGCUCCCGCUCCAGAUCACGCCUCAAACGCAGGAGCAAGCGCUUUUCCGUUGGUCCGUCGGGCGCUUCGGGAUCGUCGCUGAUCUACGCGCCUGCUGCCGAUGCCUCGUAUGACAGCCAAGCCAAUCGCUUGCGCCGAUCCGCCAGUACCGUGCAAGAGAGGGAAGACGAGAAUCCUGACGACUCGAUCGCGAGCCUCGCCCGCACGCCCUCCCUCAAGGGCAACUCGAGCAUCAAGCUCCGCUCCCGCACCUCACACACUGCAUCGGUCGCCGCUUCACCCGCAGUCGAAGACCUCUUUCCGCACCGGGUGUCCAUCAGCGAGGAGCCCGCCAGCAUGCUCGCCAACGAUCCCGACCAGACCCCACUAGGCGAGGAUCCGCUGCUCUAUUCAUCCGAGCACCUCCUCCUAGAAACCGACUCGGAAUCCGACUCCGAGUCUGGCUCCGACUCGGACAGUGAUUGCGACGCCGAUCGCGUUGAUGCACAAGCAAGGCAUCCUGCAUCCACCCUUGCCCCUGGCCAUGGCAGUCGAGGAACCGCUUCAGAACAAGAAACAACCUCUCGCGCCUCGCGCGACAUCGCUACGCCGCUCAAGACUGCCUACAGCUCUCUUUGCGGCUGGACCAAGGGAAACAACGUCACUCUGCUCCAUAGGAGCAUCGUCAAGUGUGCUCUCGCCUACCUGAUCGCAUCGCUCUUCACUUACUCUCCCGCCUUGAGCCGUUGGCUCGCAUCCUUCCUGCCCAACAACGAUCCCGAAGACGACGUGCCUUUCUCCAACCUGCACAUGAUAGCCACCGUCGCCGUCUACUUCCACCCCGCAAAAACGCUUGGCGCCAUGGUCGAGGCCGACAUCUUUGCAGUGGGUGCGUUUGUCUAUGCUGUCACUCUGGGCUUCUGCUCCAUGGCCGUCGCCGUCUUCCUGCACGAGACCAACCGGCUGCUCAUCUCGGAUAUUGUCAGCGUGCUCUUCUUCCUCGGACUCGGCAUGGCGCUCGUCGGCUACGCCAAGAUCAAGGUGGCCAAGCCGCAGUUCAACACGGCCUGUUCGCUCAUCUCGAUCAUCGUCUUCACCGUGGUUGUCAAAGAGGGCUCGCUGCAUCUCGGACACUUUUCGACCGAAAAGACGUGGCAGGUGACGCUCGUCGUGCUCGUCGGCUCGCUCAUCAGCAACGUCGUCUGCUUCUACGUAUGGCCGCAGAGCGCCACCACCAACCUGCAGAGCGACAUCGUGCGCAAUCUGCGCGGCUUCUCGACGCUGCUACGUGUGCUCACAAAGACGUUCCUGCUAGAGGAUCCAAGCAACUUUCACUUUAAGAGCGACCGCAUCAAGCGCGCCAUCGACGAUCACCACGACAGCUUCACCUCGCUCAAAAAGAACCUCUCGGAGGCCAAGCUCGAGUCGCUGUUUGACCUGCGCAUGCGCGGCAUGACGCACAAGUACGUCGAGGCCACCGACUCGCUCAAUCGCCUCGCCCAGCAUCUGACGGGCCUCAGGAGCAGCUGCGGCCUCCAGCACCAGAUCAUGGCUGUGCGCAAGGAGGCCCAGCGACUGGCUCGUGAUCAGGGCGAUUUGGCCUCGGUCGCGACCACUCAGCCAGGUGAAACGUCUUCGCAACCCCAAUCUCGUCCUGCGUCGUCCAGGCUGGCCGACCUGUUUGAGGUCGACGCCGAUUCUGACGCUGAGCAAGCCUCCGGCAAGGGAGGCGAGGAGGCUGCUGCGAUGAACCGCACUGCAGACAGUGCCACUGCGUUCGAAGACUUUAUCCAGAGCGUGGGUCCGCACAUGCGCAGCCUGGUCUUCUCUUGCGGUCGCACACUCAAAGGUCUGCGAUCGACCUUUGUCGCUCGAGAGCCGCUGAGCGCUGACGCCAAGACGCUGCACCAGGAAGCCUCGAGCUACAGUGCCAUGCACGGAGGCACGGGCACAUGGCACAAUUUCGGCACGUCGAGCGGCACCUAUGUGCCCGGCACCAGCUUUGACGGGCUUCAGACGGAUAUCUCGAACGCUCUGCGUCGCUUCCAGCACGAGCAGACGGUGGCCAUCAAGCGCAUCUACACCAUGGAGCCCAAGAAGCUGGCAGGAGCUGUCGAUGCGAGCGGCGAGGUGACAUCGGACCCCAGCGCACGUCACGCCAAUGGCGGCGUCAGCUCUCUGCUGCAAAAGACGAGCGGGGACGAGGAUGUGUUCCUGAUCUUCUUCUUUGUGUUCAACCUGGAAGAGUUUGCCAAAGAGCUCGAGGUGCUCAUCGAGGCGCUGGAGCAGAUUCGGCAGGCGGAGGAAGGCAUCGCUCUGGCGCGGCAGACGUCGGUGUGGAUGCGCAUGCGGCUCUUCCUCGCCACGUUUGGCACGAUGGUGUCCGAGUACGCCAGCAUGGUCGGCUGGCGAUGGGGCGAGGGCAGGAGGCGAAGGGGCCAUCGGGGUGGAGCGGGCGGCGUGGCCAAGAAGAUGACGACGCCGCUCGACUUUCCGUCGAACCGGCGCCAUGCGCGCAAUACGGACCAGACGCCCCAGGCGCUCACGUGGAAGGAAAAGAUGAAUCGGGUGGUGUGGAGCCUGGGCGAAUUCUUCCGUCAGCCGGACACCAAGUUUGCGAUCAAGGCGGGGCUGGGCAGCGCGCUGCUGGCGAGUCCGGCGUUCUUUCCGUCGACGCGUGCGAUAUUCACCAAGUUCCAGGGCCAGUGGGCGUUGGUGAGCUUCAUGGUGGUGCUGUCGCCUACGGUGGGGCAGUCGAACCACAUGAGCAUCCAUCGCAUGCUGGGGACGUUGCUGGGUGCGUGUGCGGCGGUGGGGGUGUACAAGCUGUUUCCGGACAACAAUGUGGUGCUGCCAGUGUUUGGGGUGGUGUUUUCGGUGCCGUGCUUCCGAUACAUUGUGGGCAAGCCGCAGCUGGCGUCGAGCGGGCGGUUUGUGCUGCUGACGUACAAUCUGACGGCGCUGUACUCGUACAACCUGCGCAAGACGGAGGUGGAGGUGGAGCAGAUUGCGUGGCAGCGGUUUGCGUCGGUGGUGGUGGGCGUGGUGUGGGCGACGGUGCUCAACCAGCUCGUGUGGCCGUUUGAGGCGCGUCGCCAGCUGGCGCUGGGCGUUUCGGACGUGCUGUUCAAGCUGGCGUGGCUGUAUCAGCGCCUGGUGCUGUCGUACUCGCGAGAUCCAUCGCAGCUGGGAUCGCGUAGGAGCGCCGGAGGCAGCGACGACGAAGACGGCGGGAGCGAGCGGGAGGAGGGAGAGGACGAGGAGGCGGCGCUGCUGGGCAGCUUUGCGAGUCGGCAUGGCGACGAGUUCCAGGCGAUCGAGCUGCAUCUGCAAGUGACGCUGAUCCAGCUCGAGGGGCUUUUGGCACAGACGAAGCACGAGCCGCGACUCAAGGGCCCGUUCCCCGUGGCGACGUAUCGAUCGAUGCUGAGCUGCUGCCAGAACAUCCUGGACAAGCUGCACAGCAUGCGGUGCGUGACGACGCGGCAGGACUGGUACCGGCACGUGCGGCGCGACUUUGUGAUUCCGGUCAACGCCGAGCGGCGCGAGAUGGUGGGCAAUGUGCUGCUCUACUUCUACACGCUCGGCUCUGCGUUUCAUCUCAAGAGUCCCGUUCCGCCCUACUUUCCACCGGCGGCGGCGUGUCGGGUGCGGCUGCUGGAGCGCAUCCGCGAGCUGCCGGUGGUGAAGCGGCGUGCGGUGCGCGGCUCGAGCGCAUAUCUGCUCUUCUACUCGUACGCGCUCGCCAUGAAGGACGUCAUCGACCAGCUCGAUGCACUGGGCCGGCUCACGCAGCAGAACUUUGGCGUGUGGGGCGGCGGCGUCGACGAGUUCGAACGCCUCUUUGUCGCCAGCGCCGAGUCCGCCGUGCCGAGCCCAUAUGCGAGCAAGAAGCCGUCGAGGAGCAACCUCGGUGCCGGCUCGCUGAUCCGAUAG